UUAUAUUGAAGUUCGACAUCUCCCUGGUCUCUUCAGAGAGCGCCGCCAGCUGAGUCGAUUUCGAAUUUGAGAGUGCGCGAACUCUUUUUCCCGCCAUUGCCAUGGGAAUGGACUCUGAGAAGAACAGCCUCUGCAGAUUGCAAUGCUCCUAUGCUUCCUUGGAUGAAGUGUUCGAAAUUGGGAAGGAGACUUACAGGGGGCAGCAAUACAGCCAGAUAUACUUCGCUCGGCUUCACUUGAUGCGCACUCUCUUGUAUUCCCUCGUCUCCCAAUGGAAACCCCAAACCCCUGUGUGCACUGUGUUGGGAUUGGAACAGGGAAAAGAGUGUGUCAUUGUUGGAACCCUCUAUAAACACAUGAAGCUCAAACCUUGCAUACUUGAUGAGUAUUCUAAGGAGAGAUCUGCGGUUCCACUUGUUAGGCCUCAUAACUUCAUGCACGACGAUGAUUAUCUAGUGUUGGAGGAUGAAAGCGGGAGAGUUAAGCUUGGCGGGGAUCUCAUAUCGCCUUCUGUGUUUGUAACAGGAAUUGUGGUUGCCUUACAUGGAAAGGAAACGGGGGCAGGUGAUUUUUCGGUUUUGGAAGUCCUAGAAGCUGGCCUACCACCACAGAUAGAAUUCCCUCUUAAAUCAAGGGAAGACAAAUACAUUGUUCUUGUGUCUGGAUUAAAUGUGGGGAGCAGUGAUUCUAAUCCUCUUCAGCUUCAGCUUUUCAUUGAUCAUAUUACAGGGCAUUUAGGAGAUGAAAAGGAGCAAAGUAUUGCAUCUCAAAUUGUUCAUGUUGUCAUUGCUGGAAAUUCUAUUGGCAUACCACGUGGACUUGUUAAUGGACAGAAUUUGGCUUCAAAGGAUCUCUCAAGGAUUGCUGAACCAAUAAAGGAACUGGAUAUUUUAUUGAAUCAGAUUGCAGCUGGUUUGCCUUUGGAUAUCAUGCCAGGACCCAACGACCCUGCUAAUUUCUCAUUACCACAGCAGCCAUUGCAUAGAUGCCUUUUUCCUGGUUCGGCAGCUUAUAACACCUUUAGAUCUUGUACAAAUCCUCAUUCUUUUGAGAUUGAUAAUAUCAGGUUUCUUGGCACGUCAGGUCAGAAUGUAGACGAUCUUGAGAAGUAUUCUGAUGCAAAAGAUAAACUUGAAUUCAUGGAAAGGACACUAAGGUGGAGGCAUAUAGCACCUACAGCACCUAAUACUCUAGGAUGCUAUCCUUAUACUGAUAGUGAUCCCUUCUUCAUUGAGAGCUGUCCUCAUGUGUACUUUGUUGGCAAUCAGAAUAAAUAUGAAUCUCGUGUCAUAAAGGCAGGAUCUGAAGGGCAGUUUGUGAGACUCAUAAGCGUCCCGAAAUUCAGUGAAUCUGGCGUUGCAGUUGUGGUAAAUUUGAGGGAUCUUGAAUGCCAUGCUCUCAGUUUUGGAACUCAAUUCAGCUCAUAAGAAUGUAGACUGAAGUUGUGGUUAUGGGAAAUUUGUUGAAUGCCUGCCAUCUGUCUGUAUCUUCAAGAUGGAUCGAAGACCUGAAAAUUAAGGCUUAAAGUUGAUGAGGGCUUUCUUCCUCCAUUUCUUGGGUGUAUAUCAUAAUUUUUGUAUAUCCUAGUAUAAUAUAUUGACCUGUUUGUGUAAUUUUUUUUCUAAUUAUCUAAUUUUCUCGUUGUAACAUAUUCGGGCAUUUUGUUUUGACAAAAAAAUUCUUGAAAUAUUUAAAUUUUGCUCUAGUCUCUAGGUUUUUUCCCAGACCAUGACAUAUUUAAGUCCUGCCACUUGAUGAA